UACGUCAUCAAGCGGGUAUUCGUUUAGGAAAUCGUACAUGUGCCUGAAAAUGUUCUCGCUGGCUGUUGUGCGUAGCUGAAAAAUUAACGUAGAAGAAAGCAGCGAGGAUUAUACGGCAAUUAAAAUGCCCUAACUGUCGCAAAUGUGACCAACUGUACCUGAUAGUAACCGUUAGCUAAUUAAAAUCACGCAAACGUCGCUGUCACCUGUUCAUCUGAUCUCAUUAACGGUUAAACAUUUGUCAUGGCGUGUAUAUCGCCUUUGUUUUUCUUAUCUGCUCGUGUUCCGAUGCAAUUUCGGGUAAAAUUCUGGGAGCUAACCGCUUGUAAACGGAAAACAUGGCUCUCCUGGUCCCUUCAGCGUUGUUGCUCGUCGGAUACUUCAUUAUCAUCGUCUGACCAUCUAAGCUCCGGACUCGAGAGGUACAGGGACUUACAGAAGUAUUUCAGGAGGAGAUUAAAGGAUGCAUACCACAGGUUCUCCAAUAUACCUGAUUACUCAGUGGUCUCUGGACAUCACCAUUUAUAUUUUACUGAAGAAGAUGGGAUAUACAGAAUGGACAAGAAACAGAGUCACCUGGAGCCAGAGCAGGUGUUAAAUCUAAGGCAAAUCUCUGGAGAGUUGGAGAAGACGGGACUUGAAAAUAAUAAGAGAAAGCAAAGAUUUCAGUGGACGGUCCAGAGAAUCCGUCUAUCCCCACGGGAAAGGCAUCUUGCAGCGUCGCUAAAAUGUACUCACACGGAAGAGCUGAGGUGUGUGGUCGUGAGGCUUGAAAGGAGAAGAUUCCUACCUCUGGAUCCCCAACAUGUGACACUAACCCUGGAGAAAGUCUUUAGCUUUGAGUGGGCCACAGAUGAGAUACUAUUUUACUCGACUCUGGAAGGUCUACGUUCCAGCGCAGUGUUUCGUCUGGAUCUCACCUCCAGUGGAAGCAGGAUAACCUCUGUUUUUGAGGAAAUGCAGCCUGAUGUGUUUGUGGAGGUUGCCCUGACCAGAGACCGACAGAUCCUGACCAUCAACUGUAACAGCAGGACAAGUUCAGAGGUGCUGCUAAGUGAUAUAGCAACAUCAAAUUUAGAUCCAUUUGUGGUUCAGCCACGCCAGCUCAAUCUCCUAUACCACUGAAGGAGAUUCAUCUUUCCGUUUAAUUUCCAGGUGGUUCAGGCUCCCGUCUCAGAGCCAUCAAUGGAUUCCUGGGUCUCUUUGUUUGCGCCUGAACCUGGCACUACAAUUAAAGACAUGGACGUGGUUGGAGACCAUUGUGUGUUGGUUGCAAGAACGCCAGUUAGUGAACUAGCUCUCAUUGUGGUCCCCCUGAUCCACCCCAAGAAUGCAUACAUAGUACAGCUUCCAUCCUGGGCUUGUGCCAUUAAAACCAAGAAACCAAGCUUGGCUGACCAACAAAAUAUGCUAGAAUUCCUGAUAUCAUCUCCAGUCCAUCCGCCGGUUCCAUACUGUCUACACCCUGAGAAUGAGCUCCUUUUAUCAGGCACUGAAGAUGGAUCCUCCCCAGAGAACCAAGCUGAUUAUAUCACUACGCGCUUGGAGGCCUGCAGCCAAGACGGUACCUUUGUGCCUGUGACAUUGUUUCAUACAGUACCUGUGGAGCAUUUGAGACAGGCACCGCUGCUGGUCCAUGUCUAUGGUGCUUAUGGCAGAGAUCUUAACAUGGAGUUCUACCCAGAGAAAAAAGUGAUGCUGGAGCAGGGCUGGGCUCUGGCCUACUGCCAUGUCAGAGGUGGAGGGGAGCGUGGCCUUUCUUGGCACAGACAAGCCUGCGUGGGAGGGAAGCGGAGAGGAGUUGAGGACCUCCAAGCCUGUCUCCAUCACCUUUUCUCCUUAGGAGUCUCCUCUCCUUCUCUCACCGCUCUUACAGCCUGCAGUGCUGGGGCUGUGCCAGUGGGAGCUCUGUGCAACAGACACCCACUAUUGAUGCGGGCUGUCACCCUGCAGGCUCCGUUUCUGGAUGUGUUAGGGACUAUGGAGGAUCACAGCCUGCCUCUAACUUUAGAGGAUAGAGAUGAAUGGGGGGACCCAGUGGGAAACCCAGAACACAGACAUAUCAUCACCUCCUACUGUCCCCUUCACAACAUCACUCCUCAGCAUUACCCAUCGAUGCUGCUGACAGCCUACAGUGGUGACAACAUGGUUCCUCUGGCAGGCGUUCUUAAAUACACUGAACAACUAAAGAAAGCCAUUCAUACACACUCCAGCAUGAAGCCAAAGUCGGAGUGUAAACCAGCACCAAACAUAGCUCUGAAUAUCCAACCUGGAGCAAAUCACCUUGGAACAGAAGACUUUGAGCUAAUGCUGGAGGAGGAAGCCCUCAAGCUUGCAUUUCUGUACAUGGAGCUAGGCCUGGACCCUCCUCGGCCUCCACGCAAGCGGAGAAGAUAGCGAGGCUAUGAAGAAGCAGUCGGGCAUGAAAAACAGAGCAUCUUCCAUCACAGCAACUAGACAAACUGGUGCCCAAAUCUAAUAAUAAUAACAGCAAUUACACUUUCAAAGAUAAGAAAUCACUACCGUGUAGAGGAAACACCAGAGAAAGAUCUUAAUGCUUUGAUUGUUUCUGUAAUACAGCAGUUAUUGGAUACUCAUCUCCAUUUUUACUAGCAUUUAUAAAGUAUGCCCAUGGUCUCCAAAUAGCAAGCCUUCUCAGAGAUGUAGCACUCUUUAGGAUGGUUGGGAUUAAACCGAGUGUUGGUGGAGUACUGAAUCACCAAACCCUCUCCUACUUCUGUCUGGAUGCGAGACUUCAGAAACACUUUGCCAUCAUUGGCCAUGUUGGUGCUUAUCAGCACCUUUAACUUGUCUGGCAGCUCACGAACAGAGGAGAGAUCUGUGACAGCUGAUUCUUUACCAAAGUUAACCACUAUGAGGAAAGCUCGCUUAAGUCCAUCAAGCUCUCUGAUGUAAGAGAAGACAUUGGCAUCAGCGUGGACGUAGCAGAACCAUCCACGGUUAAGGGGGAGCUCUGAUUGACGCAGGGUGUUCAGGAAGCGGUACUGAGCCAGAACAGAACCAUCAUCUUUCAUCUGGGCCUGGGAAUAAAGGAAUGGGAGGAGGACAGAUGAACCAUAGAAAGAUACACAUAAGAAAAUGAUCUUUCUUCAAAGUUGAACAUUAGAAAAACAGAUCUAUACCUCCACGUUGACUGUUUCAUAAUCGGGGUGUAGUGGCAACCAGGUGAGAUUUGUUUUCUCAUUAAAACCUGCGUUCAUGUCAGCAUUCCACUGCAAUGGAGAACGCUGAGGGUCUCGACUGGCACUCUGCAGUGAAAGCAGAGGAAUCAUUUUGGUAUAUUUGCUCAUGUAUACAGUCGCCAGUGUAUUAGAUACAACAAGACUGCAAAAAUGUCCUUUAAAGUAAAGACAUUUAUGUUGUUGUGUUUAUUUAUUGUUAUUAAUAAAAUGGCAUUAAACUGGUUAUUUUUAAGGACCUCUCACAGAGAUGUGUGACAGUGAGGGUUUAAAGGUUUCUUCAGUGUGUGCACAGUACUGACUGUAUUGUAUUUGCCGGCUGGGUCUUGUAUCUGACUUGCUGUCACGUUAAUGUUCUCCAUGCCGAUCUCCUCGCCGUAGUAGGUGGUGGCUGUGCCCGGAAGGGUCAGCAGCAGCAUGUUGAUGGCACGAACAUAGAGUUGACCAGCACUGGAAGAAAUCCGAGUCCUGUCAUGGUUUCCAACCUGAUAACAGUGUAGGUAAGACAAAAACAAGACAAAGGGUUGAUUAAGAAAUUAGGAAGUAAGGAGGUGGGCUGAAACAUAUUUGUUUUCUUAAUAUGUGUUAGGUGCUAAAGUCUGAAGAUGCACAUAAAGUAAAAAGGCUAUUCUUUUGAGCCUAAUCAAUAAUAAUUACAGAAAAUAAACAUGCUUAAUUUACUUUUACUCAGCUACUAAUUAUUUAACUUUACAGGAGUGUUUUUGUAUUGACAAAUUUAAUUUCAUUGCCUAGUGUUUGUCAAACUAUCACUGCACAGGGGUUGAUGAUUAACAAAUACAUAAACCGACCUGUGGUUUAAAAGAUAUGACAACACAAGUGUGAGAAGCAUGAUCUCAGGCAGGCAGUCUACGAAGGAUGACUCGACAGUUCAUUCUUAUGAAUGCUGCCGACACAUUCCUUAAUCUGAUGAUUUCGGCAUGUUAUGUGCCACAGUAUGCCGGACAUGACGCUACUGAUCCUGUGGUUUUUACAAUUGUAAAAAGCGAGGAAAUAAAUAUAUAGAGUUUAAGAACUCACCACCCAGUUGGGCCAUUUUCCUUUGGGCAUGUUGCCCAUCCAGAGGUGGACCAGAUGCUUAGCCCAUACUCCACUGGUGUUUUGGGGUAGAUCCAGCAGGUAAAAGUUAAAGGGGAAGUCACCUUCCUUUUCCUGCCUGGUGCCAUAGUACAUCAUGGUCUUGUACACCUCUUCAUAAUCGUAUGACUCUAUUACCAUGAAUCUGCAGCACGGGAGGAAUUUAUUUAGCAUGUGAUAUGACACAGAAACCACGAUGACUUGUGUCAGGAUAUUGUCUAUUAGAUGAUUUUGUUUAUCUUACUCUAAAAUACCAGUGUGUCCUUAUUUGAAAUAAUUGUAAAAAUCUGGGCUUAAUUCCUUAUUCUAGAUUUCAAGUUGCUUUUAUUAGCAUAUUUAAUGAAAUCGUUUGGUUUGAACAUUAGUGCAUUGUAUAAGCAAAAGGUCUUUAAAAUUAAGGUUGAUUGUGACAUGAUAAUUACAGGUAGUAAUAAUUAAGUAGGCGAGUGCAUUACAAGUUUAUCUUUUCUGCCAUAGUAAUAUUGAAUGCACUUAAUCACUUUCCUACCUGUAUCUGCCAGGCUCUUGACUGUAGAUGUCCAUCUGUGCUCUAAACUCCCUCAGUAUGUCGUGCAAGCCCACCUGACUGGUGGUGUAGUCACUGUGAAGAUCCCACUCUGUAGUUACCAACUCCUGGGUAGAAAUAUGUAUAAGGUUAUGUAGUGAUUAUGCAAUUUUAGUAUAGCUUAGCUGCUUUCAGGCUGUGUGCUGGAGUUAGAGUUUGUAUUUUCUUUGCUGAGUGAGAAACUGUGGAUUAAGAAAGUUUCUGCUAAUUCUUCAGAUUUGUUAUUUUUGUAACUGUCCAAAUAAAAUGGGCGAGAAAGGCAAAGGAAGAAAAAACAUCUUGUUAAGUUCUAAUUAUGGAGGCGCUGAGGAAAUCUGACUCACUGGACAACUAUUGGUGUUACCAGAGUGUAAAGCAUUGGGUUUACAGAUUUAAGGGAAUGAGCCAUAGACCUGCACAGAGACAGUGAUGUCACAGUUCUAAAAUUACACCUAAUGUGCAUGUCUUUUUGUGAAAGAUAAUCUCAAGCCAUUAAGCUGGCCUAAUAACAGGCAAGUGAACCAUUCAGCCAACAGCAACCACAGCAUAAACCACUAAAGCAAUAAUGUAGAGACAGAUGGUUUCUGAUUCAUAUUUAACUGAAUCACGACUGAGGAUGUGAUAAAAUUCUUAACACGCCUAUAAACUUUUACAUAUCUUUCUCAAUUGCAGAAUUGUAGUUCCAGUGGUUUGUCAAAAUGCAUUACUGUUUCUAAGAUGGCAAAGAGUUAGUGUUGUUUUGUUUAGAGAUUACCUCGUGGUUAAACAUGAUCAGACUGUAAAAAUGUAACCUAACUGCAAAUCUGUGGGUAUAAAUUCUCAGUCAUCAGUGAGUAAAAGAGUCCCAGUGUUAUGGUUUUACCCUGCAGUCGUAAGUAAACUCCAAUGACUUGCUAAUCCACCAAAAUAUGCUCCUUUGCUUCUAAUCUUUCCUCUGUGAGAAAUAUCUUCAGCCUCUUUGACCUUAAUUCAGCAUGUAUCACGAACCCUUUGAGUUUCACAAACAGUGUGUUCUUCACAUGAUUAUGAAGCUGACAUUUCAGCUAGAGAUAAAUAAUCAGUGAUACAUCAUAAACAGUGUGAACAGUCCCACUCAGCUUUUGAUUAUUUUUGUUCUACUAGCAACAAGGGAAAGUGCUUCUUCAGUAAAGCCGCUUUCAUGGAUCAGAUCGUUAAAUUUUGGACUCUGACAUGUCAGAUAUUA